GUAAGUCACGAACGUCAUGAACAUUAUGGCGGACGUUCAGUGGUAGGCGGAUAUUUUGCUUGACGCGGAAACGUCACACAUGCUGUUCGAUAGCUGUCAAACUCGCAGAGAAGCAGAAGAAUGGAGUUGUUCCGCACUGACACCCACUUUAUCUUUGUGAAAGAGAGAUAUAGUCUCUGGUGUGACAAGUAUACCGGCGAAUUCGCAGCAAAAUCGGAUUGGGAAUGGGCUACACCAAAAGAUCUAGAAUGUCUGGGAAUGUGUUAUGGAAUAGUGGGAAAAAUUGAACAAACAUCAGUAUUGGAACCUCGAUUAAUGCUUAUAAAGGAUGUCACACCAGCAGGAGAAUUACAUGGUGAUCAUGUUGUUUACAAAAUUAAAUCUAUCGCGUUUCUACAUUUCGGCACAGAUAAUACAGAUAUUGGCUUGUUGCCUUGUAAAAAACAUCAGUAUGCAUUGAAGAAGAAAGGAAGUAGUGGAUUGUUUGACAUACCACAGAGAGCAGGACUGGCAAAAACCUGGGGUACAAUCAAGAAUGCCACAAAUACUAUAAAAAAUACCACACAACAGGCUGCUGCGCUAGCUACAUCUCAAGUGAAGUCUACAGUAGCAAAACGAAACAUAAUGAAGGACAAGGAAAGAUUUGAGAAGAGAAUACUGGAAGAAUUAAAUAGAAUAUUUACCGAAACUGAUUCUUUCUUCUUUUGUCAAACUGGUGAUAUCACUAAUAGUUUGCAACGGCAAUGUAUAGCAGAAUCUCAGCAAGGCAAUCAGGAUAAACCAUUGUGGCAACGGGUGGAUGACAGAUUUUUCUGGAACAAACACAUGUUACAAGAUAUAAUUAAUUUAGAUAAAGAUAAAGCAAACUGUUGGAUAUUACCAAUCAUUCAAGGAUAUGUUCAAAUAGAAAAAUGUAUAGUUGAAGUUGGUUUUGAUGAGCAACCACAGCAGGAGAUAUUUAAUUUGGCAAUUAUAUCAAGGAGGAGUAGAUUCCGUGCUGGGACAAGAUACAAGAGACGCGGAGUGGAUGAUGAUGGGAAGUGUGCAAAUUAUGUCGAGACUGAACAAUUAGUUUGGUAUCACGAUCAUCAAGUAUCCUUUGUACAAGUACGAGGUAGCGUACCAGUAUAUUGGUCACAACCUGGAUACAAAUAUAAACCUCCACCGCGAAUUGAUAAAGAUGAAGCUGAAACACAAAUAGCAUUCGAAAAGCAUUUUGGUGAAGAACUUGCAUUGUAUGGACCUGUUUGCAUCGUUAAUCUGGUUGAACAGUCUGGCAAAGAAAAGAUAAUCUGGGAAGCUUACAGUAAUUAUGUGUUUAACUAUAAUCAUUCAGAUAUUACGUACACUACUUUCGAUUUUCACGAAUAUUGUCGAGGAAUGCAUUUCGAAAAUGUGUCUAUUUUGGUUAAUGCAUUGGCUGCAAUGCUAGCAGAUAUGGGUUAUUGCUGGCGUGAUAAACAAGGUACAAUUUGCACGCAGAAGGGCAUAUUUCGUGUGAAUUGCAUAGAUUGCUUAGAUAGAACAAACGUGGUGCAAACUGCUUUGGGUAAAGCCGUUAUGGAAAUGCAAUUUUCGAAACUGGGACUAAUACCUCCUGAUGGAACUCUGCCUGCAAACAUAAGACAGACUUUCCAAUCGCUUUGGGCUAAUAAUGGCGAUAUUAUUAGCAAGCAAUACGCAGGAACAAACGCUUUAAAGGGAGAUUAUACACGUACUGGAGAGAGAAAAUUUACUGGGAUGAUGAAAGACGGCAUGAAUUCUGCAAACAGAUAUUAUCAGCAACACUUUAUGGACGACUUACGUCAAGCAGCGAUAGAUACGCUACUAGGGAACUCAAUCGACGUUGAUCAACUGAACAAUGAUUGGUCACAUUAUUUAGAUAUCUUUGAUAAUUGCUGUCUCGAACUUAUACCUAUGAAACCACCAAAUAUACAACUUCAACUUGCUACUCAUCCUGACUUUCUUUAUGCCACUGCCCUCUAUAAUUUAGCAAGAUAUUACUUGAAUCGCUUCAAGGAUGUGUAUAGACAAGCAACAAUUGAUCUGAUGUUAGGAAAUUCGGUAAGCGAAGAAGUAUUCUUAGAACGUACAGAUGAAGAAGACAACGCGGCGACUGCAAUUCACGUGAAAUUACUAAUCGAAGACUGCAAAAAGUUAUUGAUACCUGAUCCUGAAAGUAUCCUCGGCAGUUGGGGUGUCAUAGAUGCCGAUCCUGUUACCGGUGAUCCAACGGAAACAGAAAUGGAUACCAUUCUGAUACUAACCCGAGAUAGUUAUUAUAUAGCAGACUAUGACGAUCAAAUUGAUAAAGUUACAAAUUAUCAAAGAAUCCCGCUAAACGAUAUCGUCUAUAUCGAAUUCGGUCAGCCCGAGAAUACAGUUUCGUUCUUCAAAAAUAAGCAUUAUCAUUGUAUUAGAAUCAAUUAUAAGAUGAACAGUGAAUAUGGUUACUUUCACAUGUUUCGCAGUACAAAUUUAAGAUUUUUCAAUAAUAUGGCGGUUGUGAUCAAAACUGAAGAAGAAAGCAUAGAAUCUUUAAAAGCAAUUUGUGAAGCUAUUUCUGUAGCUAUGGAAAUAGCAGGCUUACCAAAGAUUCCUGUAGCUAUGAAUGUCACUUUAGAUAAGAGAAAGAGUAAAUUAGCGAAUGUUAAAGGCUCUACUGGAUUAUUGGAUAUUUCAUCAUUUCCAGAAUUGACGAGAAAUGUAUCUGAGACACAAUUGCUUGCUUUAAAGACAGCAGGUACAAAAGCUUUAAGCAACAUGUCGGAGCAAUUUAGCAAAUUGAACAAACUGAGUCAGAGUUUCAGCACAAAGAAACCAAUUGAUUUGGCGAAGAACAUAGGUAACAGAAAGACGGAAAAGACAUCGAAACCGGUCUUUAUCGUCGGUAACAGAGAUAUAUCAGGCAAUGUGAAAGAAGAGAGCAGCAACAGCAGUAGCAGCUGCAGCGAGGAAAAUAUUGAAAUGACACCUAUACAUGUUAAAAAGCCAGCAAAUUUUAGCCACGAUAAGCACUUAAUGGAAGCUUACACUCCAGUGAUCGGUAUUAUUAUGGGUGUGAAAAAUACUAACGUUGUGGAUGGUGACGUUUGUGAGACUGGCAUGAAUAAGGGCUUAUCUGCAAUGAGACAUAACACGAAUGUGGAUUCAAAACCUGACGUAGCCAUUGACGCAUUGCAUUUAAUACCGCAAUCUUGCUCUGGCACUACUUCCCUCAGUACUUCGCCGCAGAAGACUACGGCAACCACGCCGGAGAUAACGGUGUACGAUGCAGGAGACAUUAUAGAUGAGGAAAGAGAACGGAUGAUUCCACCGUCAACCUUGACACUUUCCAAGAAUAUCAGUCAUUCGACGGGGGAUAUGGAAAAUAAAGCGUUAUCAUCCUGUAUCAAGAGCGCUACUCUUCAAACGGAUAAUAGAUUGGACGAGAAAAAAAGAUCGGCAUCCGAACAGGAUUUGAUAUUGAAUAUUACGUCAUCCCAAAGUGAAUCUGCCUUAAAAUCUAUAAGGGAGAAUAUCACGAAUGUUACCAGUCCAGUAACGUCGACGGCCAAAGAUAUCCUGUUGCCCUUCUCCAAGUUUGCUAAAGGUGUUCAAACAUUAGGAGCUAAUUUAGAUCCUAGAAAGCUGAAGACAGGCCACAUAAUGCGAAAUUUGUCAGAACAUCAUAUGGAAGAGCGCCAGAAACUUCAAGAAAAAUGGGCCUCUUGUCAAUCUAGACUUAUUGCUUUAUAAACCUUUAUUUUAACGAUCAGCUUUUCGAAUCCAAUUCGUCAUUGAAUAUCAAUUUAAAGCUUAUUAAUACAGUUUAUAUUCGUAAAUAUUAUAGUUAAUAUUUAUGAAUAUAAGUUUAGGAAUUUUUUUAGUAUAUAUAUAAAUAUAUAUUUGUGUGUGCGACGUGGAUGCUAUUACGCACCUUGAAAAAAAGAAGAGAAGGAGAAUAAAGUAUUAUUAGAUUGUACUAUAGUCAUUUUGCUAUAUAGAUCGCGUAGAGAGAUUUGAACAACACGAGAAAAAAAUCAUGUAGAAAGUAAUUCCGAUCACGUUUUGUAGAAAAAGUUAUAAAUCGAUCUCACUGCACCUAUUUCGUGUUUUCACAUUUCAUGGAUAUAGCUUUUAUUGAUGUGAAACAAACAAAAUUAUUCACUGUAAAAAGUAAAGUAAUUUCUAAAUUGCAACAAAAUAAAAUUACAAAACUAACACAAAGUACAACACGGUCAAUAUUUAUUCGUAAUAAUUGAUUUUACAGAUUAAUAAAUACCGACUACAAUUUUUGUAUUAUUAGGAAAUUGUGCCACCUUUUAACAUUUUAUUUUCUUUGAUCGUGAAUCAUUCUAAUGUAUGAAUUUUACUACAUACUUGCUAAAUUUUUUGAAUAUAUCUUUACAACACUUUUAAUAGCAAUUUUCUGAAAUAAAGCUAUUUAAUGCGACCAAUUUGAAUUUAAAAAGUAUGCAAACAUUUUUGAAAAGGUUUUAAUACCUUAUUUUUACUGCGUGAAAUUUUCUCUUAUCUCUGCAUAAAAAUAUCUUUUUUUCUAGUAAAAAUAUUUUAUUCAACUGAUAAAUAAUGAACAUAUAUAAAUAAUGUUAUAUUAAACAGAUGAAUAAAUGCAGAUGAGACGAUUUAUUUGUACAGGAUGUCGAAGAAAGAAGAUUUUAUAGUCAAUUAUGUAAAUAAAGAGAAUUAUUUAAAUAUAGUUUAUAACAAAAGAAUUUAUAUAUAAUAAAAUUAGUGAGAAGAAAUAUGUUUGAAACUUUGAGACAUUGGUUACCAAAACAAAAACAUAUGUAAUUAUUAUUCUGUGUUAGUUUUUUGAGAGAUAUGCAUAAAAUUUUAUUAUGUUGCAUGUUAAAUUUUUUUAAAUAUAUACAUAAUUAUGUUUUAUAAUCAAGUAAAUAAUACACAUGAGAUAAACGAGAUAGAAAAAUUAAAAGCUUUUGUCACGAAUAAGAGGUUUUAAGUUAUAAAAAAAAUUCGUAUAAUACGAGAGAACUGAAAAACAAGUUCAUGUAUCCAUAUAAUAUCGCGUUUGUAUGAAUGUUUUAAUUUUAGAUGCUUCAACAAUUGUUAUAAACAAUUUUAAUAACUACAGCAAACAUACAGUAUUAAAUCGAGUAUAUGCUUAUAAAACACUGCGAAAUACGUUCCCCUUCAUGUAUAUGUAAAUCAAUUAUAUAAAAAGAGAUUAGGCACAGGGAAUAAACAUAUAUAUU